UUGUUUUCAUUUCCUACGAUUCGCCAGCUGUUUUGCCCAUUUUUAAGGAAAAUUUAAUACUGAUUUAAUACUCUUUGUUCCAGUUUUUAGUUUUUUCGAGCGUCAAGUCAUACUUAUAAUUCGAUUUCAGUUGUAUAAAAAAAAAAAUUAAAUACAUUCUUGUAAAAACAUAUUUAUACUUUUAUUUAUUUCCUAUUAUAUUAAAUAACAUUCUAGUGAAAGUACGAUAUUCGAGUAUAAUAGAAUAAAUCAGGAAAAUAGUUGAGGUUACGUUCGUCUGAGAGGGAGGUUACGCAUGAGCGCGACGGGCGGUUGGCGCGCCGGCUCGUCGGCAGUGUAUGCAGCCACCUUCACUCAGUUGCAGACCGUAGUGCUCGGCUGAGUUUGCGCGUUCUUGUUAUCUGUAAUAAUCAUGAGUCAACGUCCACGGAUUGCGUGCGACUUGGGAUUAGAACAGAUUCUUGCUAUCGAUGUUGGUUAGCGCUUAUCGUAGUUAAUUGAAUCAUUGUCGAAUGUAUCAAGUCGCGAUAUCGGUCUUAUAACUUACUCAAGUUCUGAUUUACACGUUUGAUGUUAUAACACUUUCGGACAAGAGGUUUAAUCGAUGCCGGGCACAUGAUUCCUCCAUCGAGUCUCACACCUGCUCUCGGUACAAGUAAAACGAGGGAAUCAUGCGACAGUUGAACGGCCUCAACACGAUUAUUAAAUCUAUCAAAUCCGGUAAAAAGACGGUGAGAGAGAGAUAGAGAGGCGCACCACAAGAGAAUCAACCACCACGAUGCGCGACGACGACGGCGUCGCGCCACAACGCGUCGCGAAGGACUCCAAGAAUAGCGUUACACGCGUGUUCGUCCCGUUCGUUCUCCCUCGGUGUUACGUGCGCGCGAUCAUCUAGCAUGCACGUAUUUAUAAUUUCAUUCAUAACGUAACAUGUAUUUUCACAUAGCUGCUCGUGCGACGGCAUACCGCGUCGUCGCGCACCGCGAAAUUCGGCGAGGGUAAAAAUAUCUCACUUGAUACAAUAGCAAUAGCGUUCCGCAUUUUCAAAUAUGACUGCAGUAUAACUCGCGUGAAUAGAUAUAGAACGCGGACUGAAAGCGGGCAGAAUUUUUAAGUAAAAUCCGUUUGUAAUUAAUUACAAAGUAUAUAAUUUAUUGACUGAAUUAUUUUGUUUACAUUUAGUUGAUCAAAAGUUAGUUAACUGUUUUUAUUGCUAGCUAUUCAAGACUAUAAUUUAAUUCUUUCUUGAAAAAGCAUCUCCAUUGUCCGAAAUAUCCAAAGUAUAUAAAGUACAUGUAAUCAAGGGAACUAUCCUCAAUGAAAACUAUAUAAUUCUAUAUAUUUAUAAAAAUUAUAUCUCAUUAAUUCACCAACAUAAACCAUUUUCAUGAGUAACACAAUUCAUUGAUCAUUCCAGCAGGAUCGAUCGAAGGCUCCAGUGCAGGAUUUAUGGAAUAAAUAAAAGAAGAUAAAAAUUAAUUUACAAAGAAAAAUAAUUUGAUUAUUGUAUAAUUAUAAAAAAUUAAUUAAAUAUAAAAUUAAUAAGUAUAAAAAUAUAAGUAAAAUCUGACAAAUAAAAAUAUAAUAAUUAAACGUGAUGAACAACAAACCUAAAAAUAUGUUAAGCAGCGUGGUAAAGCAGUGACGCAAAGAGAAAAUAGAAAACGGUACACAGAACGGCAGGAAGAGAAAGGGUUGAGGAGAGGAGGAAGAAAGAGAGGCGAAUGAAAAACAAGACGAGGUAGCGUGAAAAGAGAGGGAGAGAGGGAUGGUAGUGAAGGAGUAGAAGAGCGCAGGUGGUCGCCGGCAUUCCGGAUCAAUACUUCCACUGCUUCUCUGGGGGUUCCAUCAGGUAGCCUCUUCGCCCCUUUUCCAAUCCUUAUUCCUCUCUCGUGCUUCGGCGUGCUACCACCACGUUUACUCCGGUCUUUUUCAUUCCUGGUGUACUUCGUCGUCUGUACUUCGCACCCACCAUCUUCUUCCUCCUCUUUGAUCCUCCUAUUCUACAUUCUCCUCUAUCUUUUAUGCCUCUUCCUCCCCGACGUUUUCCAUCUCGUGUUCAUGCAUCGCAUUUCUCCACCUUCAUUCUUAUCCCCUUAUCAUCUUUCCCCUCGGUGCGUUUUUAGAUUUUUCUAUUUUCUAUUUAUAUUUCUUGGGAAAGGCUCCGAGAGAAAUGUAUGUCAAAUUUAGUUAAAGAAUGUAAGAGGAACAUGUGUAAACUUUGAUCUUAACGUGCAUAAAAUGUUACGUGUCAAAUAACACAUUAUAUACAACUAAAUAUUUAUAUGUCUUCCGGUUCGCCUCAGCAAAUAUUAGCUGCUGUUAUAGUGUACCAGGAAAAACUACGAUCACGUCAUCUUAUCUGGUAAUAUUGCAUAUUUGAUAAUUAUCUAUUUAUUAAUAUCAUCAUCAUUAUUGGCGAGACAGCCUUUUAUGGGCCAAUAUCUACCCAUUUAUUAAUAUAGGAAAGUAUAACUUCAAUAAACUCGGAAUAUGAUAUCACAGAUACAACAAUAAUUCUUAUGUCUGUGUGUUUUAUUCUUUUCUAUAUUAAUUAUAAAAAUUAAAAUUAAAAAUAAUAAUUAUAAAAAUUCUAAUCUAUCAUUAAAUAAAAUCACUGAGAUAAUUCGUCAUAUUUUGUUCGUAGCAAGAUUGCCUCAAUUUUAUUUAAAUAAAACCGGUAAUUUUGUUCUAUGCAAUCAUGCAAAUUGGAUAGUGCAUAGGGAAUAAUUUUUUUUCGAUUUAUCAUACGCAAGGAGUACUCAAGAAAACAACAGGAAAGCUGCGUUUCGCCCACUCCUUAAAGAACCCGCUAUCGCAAUCUCCUGUUCUGGUCUUGGCAAUGACCGUGGCCAUCAGCAACGCCAGCAAUUAAGCAGAAAGAUACGUAUAUAACGCCAUGUUGACUUUUAGUUCCUCGCUGUACGAUUGUGUCCAGAUGGCAGUGCCGCCAUGAUACGAUGUACGAUAUCUCAUGAGGGGAGUUCCCGGGAGUUCCCGUACCGAGUAUUAAUACCUCCGUGGAGGCAUAGGAGCGUCAAAUCAUUUGAGACGAAUCACGUGCGGUCAUACAGAGUUCUUUAAAGCUAUCUCGCGUAAUAAUCAUGGUUUGUCCUACCAGCUGCAAAGCUAAUGAUUCAGUGACCGAUAAAAGUGAUGCUGAGCAAGCAUCUAAGAAUCAGCAGAAUAUCAAUACUGAAACGCAGUGGAGAUGGAUAUGGAUACAUCUGAUGAUAUGCAUCGUAUGCAUCAUAUGUACGACACUCUUAACGUACGUUAUCGUAUCAUGGGCAUUUUCCGAAUACUUUCCUCGUAAUUGCGAAGCUGUUGAGCAUUUGCCCGAUUUGAGCGAACGUGGCGUAUCAAUAUCUCAAGGAAAUUGUUCAACUGAAGGAAAACAAACAACAUUAGCAGAUACCACAGAUGUCUCAAUUGUCGGGAAGGACGAAUGGGGUGGCAAGCCACCCUCGGAGCCCUUAAAAGAGUUAGAAUUACCGGUACCCUAUGUGAUCAUCAGCCACACCGCCACGGACUUUUGCACAACGAAGAGCGAAUGCUCGUCCCACGUGAGACGUACGCAAAGCUUUCACAUGGAGGACUAUAACUGGUCCGACAUCGGUUAUAAUUUUAUGGCGGGCGGCGACGGACGCAUUUACGUCGGUAGGGGUUGGGGUUACGUCGGUGCUCAUAGUUUUGGCUACAACAACAGAGGCAUCGGUAUCUCUUUUAUCGGUACGUUCAACUCUGUCGUGCCACCGAGAGCGCAAUUGGACGCGGUACAGAAACUGAUACAACUCGGCGUCGAGACCGGUAAGCUCUCGUCCAAUUAUACAUUGUUGGGACAACGACAAAUUACGGAGACCCUGAGUCCCGGAGAUGCUCUGUACGAGAUCAUUAAGAAGUGGCCGCAUUGGUCACUGAAUCCUUGAGAUGUAUUGGAGAUGGCGCAUAUGGACGAUUCGACGCAACUUGGCAAAAAUAUCGACUUACCUAACUGUAACUAAUCGCUUGAUAAACAAAUCUUUUUACAACUCCUCUUUUUGUUAAUCACAUAACGUGCUGGUAAUUAUCAAUGAUAAUCGUGUAAAUAUAUAUAAAACAGUGUUUAUAAUGUGUUCACGGAAUUAUUUCUGCUUGAAAAAUUGCAUCUGCACAAAAUGUUUGUAAGUACGCUGCAAUGUAGCGUCAAUCAAUAAUGUCGUGAAACGCGUUGAAAGAAACAAAUAGGUAGUGUAUUCAUAGCGUGUGAUGCGAUUGCCUAAGUCAGAAGCGACAGAUUCACUGUCAAUUGUUCAAUGGUUUCAAGGAUACUAUAUUUGAGCCGUGCUUCCAUUUGCUAGAAAGCACAUGGCAUCAUGAAUACCUUAUCACAUAGAGUUCCAUCAAUUUUUGUCACCGUAUUUUGCUCAACACGCGCACCACCGUAUCUAAACAUUUGUGCAUCGUUAUCGUUGAUUAACAAUGCGAAAUUAUUAUAUAUUUUUAUAAUCAAAUAAAUGUUAAUGGUGUUAGUAAGAGCUUAAAACGGAAAUAAAUUCCGCGUAAUGUUAUUGAAUAUUAGUAAAUGUGCUGGCAAGAUUACAAAAACAAGCACAAAAUGUAGAAGAUGGUGUAAUAAAAUGCAGCAACGAAACGUA